UAUUUGCUUUGGCUAUUCGUGGACGAUGAACCCGUUCGCACACCUCGUCCACGAUGAGGCAACCGGGGCAUGCAUAAGCGAAGCGGAUGAAGAUGAUGGCGAGCAACUCGUGCCGGACCAGCGGCCCAGUAUUAUUGACCAGCGUGCAAUCGUGAGGUAUUUUAAAGAUGGCAGAAAGAAGCCCGCCAUCUUCCAGCAGGACCACCCAACGAGUCUGGCGCUGGAUUCGAUUUUCGCUCCAGUCGGAGAUGGGGACCGGGCUUGCUACGAUGUGACGUUGGCACUGGACGUCAGCAAAGGUUGCGGAGGCAAGAUUUGGCCCGCUGCCGAAGUUCUCGGCGAAUACAUUGCCUCACAAAGGAGCCAGGGGCAGUGGACCGGCAAGACGAUGGUAGAGCUUGGAGCAGGCACAGGCCUAGUCGGCCUGCUAGCUGCUGCCAUUGGCCAGCUGAAGGCGAGCUGGAUCACCGAUCAAGAAGCGAUGAUGGAUCUCAUGGUCAAAAAUCUUAAUCUCAACGGGGAACUCAGGCAAAGAUGCUUCGUGGGCGAGCUUUCCUGGGGCCAGCCCGUUCCCGAGAGUAUCCCAAGCAAUCCUGAUGUGCUGUUGCUAGCUGAUUGCGUGUACCUCGAGGUGGCUUUUCAGCCGCUGAUCGAAACAAUGCUCGAGAUGUCGACACCAAGCACGGAGAUCCUUUUCUGCUACCAGCAACGGCGAAAGGCCGACAAGCGCUUCUUCAAAUUGCUGCAGAAGCAUUUCAUCUUCAAAGACGUCGAGGACGACGACGAGGCCAGAAGGAGCAUCUACAAUCGAGAGGGAACAAGGCUCUUCAUUGUACACAAAAAGACGUGACCAAAGGAAGGAUAAUGCCCAAAAUCUUACACGGAUCUUGCUGCACUCGUGGACGAUGAGGAGCCGAAAUGUGACGUGGACAGUCUGAUAACAGAG